AAAGAAUGAUAAUAUAAAUAAAUGAACGGCUUUCCGCAGUUGGCCCUCUUUCGUACAAACACACACAGUCUUCUGCUGCGAGUCUGCACAGAUCCUCUCUUCUUCCUGGCUCCGAGAACUACCACUGACAAGGUGAAGAUGAGGAAGUUGCUGGUGCUGCUCCUCUUUGUCUCGCUGCUGCUGGAUCUGGCCACGGCCCAGGAUCCACCGAGAGUGAGGAAACCCCGGCCGCCCCCCAAACCCAAGCGUCCACCCAAGAGGCCGGCCAAGCCGCGGGUGACCCAGCCUCCUCCUCCACCUCCUCCUGCAGCGACCGCGGCGGCGGCGGCGGCGGCGGCGGCUCCCAACGAAGACGGCGCGGGCGACGCGGAGGAGGACCUCACUCCGUUCCCCGACAAGAUGCUGGCGCGCGCCCACGCCAACUUCGGCCUCGAGGUCUUUCGGCGAGCGGCGGCGGCGGCUGACGAGCGCAGCAACGUGUUGCUGUCGCCCAUCGCGUUGUCCACCUCGCUGUCCAUGCUGCUACUGGGAGCGGCCCCGGGCUCGAGCUCGUGGAAGCGGCUGAGCAAGGCGCUCAACUACGACACCGUGCAGCAGGGAGACGUGCACGACCUGCAGCGGCAGCUGUUGGCGACACUCGGCUCCGAGGCGAAGGGGCAGCAGCAGCACGCGGCGCGAGUUUACCUGCGGAGAGGGCUUCCCCCGAAGGAGGCGUACGUCGCCGACGUUCUCAAGUUCUACGGCACGGAGCCUAAGGUGCUGAGCGGCUCCACGGGCCGGGACCUGCAGGACAUCAACGGCUGGCUCUCCCAGCGGACGAGCGGCGUGCUACGUGACGCCGUGCCGGCUCUGCCCGCCGACCUCUCGCUGCUGCUCGUGUCCGCGAUGCACGUCAAGGCCAAGUGGGCGCUGCAGUUCCCGCCGGAGGAGACGGCGCAGAGCGUCUUCCACGCGGGCGGCGGGAAGCAGCGGGGCCCCGUGGCGCUCCGCGUGGCCACGAUGCACCGUGACGACGUGCCCAUCCGCUACGGCCUCGACACCGAGCUCGGUUGCCAGGUGGCCCAGCUGCCGCUGCAGGGCGGCUGCAGCCUGUUGCUGUUCGUGCCCGUGGAGGUGACGGGCAACCUGACGGUGGUGGAGGAGAGCCUCACGUCCGAGUUCGUGGCCGACAUCGUGCGCGCGCUGCACUCGGUGCGGGCGCGGCUCUCCGUGCCGCGGCUCGCGCUGCGCGACGCGGGGGACCUGGCAGGAGCCGUCAAGCAGCUCAAGCUCGAGUCGCUCUUCUCGAGCGACGCGGACCUCUCCGCGAUGUCGGAGGCGCGCGUCGGCCUCGCCGUGUCGGCCGUGCGCCACGCGGCGCUGCUGGAGCUGGCCGAGGAGGGCGGCGGCGUCGUCGGUGGCGGUGGCGGCGAGGCCCUCGACGCGGCGGCCCGGGGCCGCGCCGAGGACGCGCACGUCCACCGCAUGGAGUUCUCCGUGGACCGCCCUUUCAUCUUCAUCGUGCGGCACGACGCCACGGGCGCCCUGCCGUUGGUGGGACGAAUCGUGGAUCCCGCUGCCGCGUAGCCUGGAAGCCGAAAAGCACGGGAGCCUGACGGCCCGACAGCCCGAUUACCCAGCAGCUCGGUAGCCUGUGACCCUGGUACCCCAGUAAGCCUGACGGCCCGACAGCCUGGCACCUCAGUCGCCUGGUACCCCGUUAUCUUGACAGCCCAAUUGCCCAGUAGCAAGGUAGCCUGGCACCCCAGUCGACUGGUAGCUCAGUAGUGUGACCACCUGGUAGCCCAAUAGCCUCAUAGCCACUCAGCCGAGUCAGCCGGUCGCUUAGAAGCCCGCUAGCCCUUUAAACCUGGAGCCCAGUUGCUGGGUCACCCGGAUUUUAACCGCUUCUGCUGCACAAAUCGCCUUUCGCUUGCCUACAGCUUCCCUUUGCUGCAAGCUCGCCCCGGAGAAAUCCCGUACGUGUGACCUCGAGAUAGUCACGUGGUGGUCCACUCACUGAACAAAGCUGUGUGGGGCGAGUGUGAGCGAGAACGCAUCGUGGGCGGGGAACCUAAUGACCCACGAGCCGAACACAUUCCUCGACUUCAUUGCCUAUGACCCAGCGGCCACAUGAGGAAUCUCAGUCGAAAACAGCCCACGAACAUUUAUCCAUCCAUCACUGGGCUCAUAAAGUAGAGCGCUAAUCACUGCACCACCGCUCCCACGCACCCCCCCCCCCCCCCCCCCACACACAGAGGUGAUGAGCUUAAAUAACCGCAGCUGCUGAGAGGAAGCACGCGCAUUGAUCUUCUUCAUUCAAAAACACGAGUGUUGUAAUUUAUUUAGAGGAAGGCGCUGACAUUGCUACCACUGCUGUUUUAUAAAAGUACUGAUCUGCAGAAAAUGUCGCACCACGCGGUGCCUUUGCCAGAAUAAAGCUUGUCCACCACCCCCCC